AGUUUAGGAGCCAAAUGCGAAAGCACUCUGUCAUUAUUCUUUUCUAUUACAUUUGACUCUCUCCAGAGUUGGGAAAUGUAAAAUAUCAUAUAAGAUAACAUAUAAAACUACCAUUGUCAUGAGAACAUCACCACCUUAUCAUCAUAACUUUCAUCAGUUUCUCCCACUUUCCUUCUUCCGUUGCUCUUUGUGUCACCUGUGACGUCUGCUCCACGGAUUCACCUGCUCUAAUUCCUUAACGGGAUUGCCAAUUCCCCGGAUAUCCACUUAGAACCUGAUUAGGCGAGCUCAACUCAUUAGGUCUGACAAACCAAUUCAGACCCCUCAACCCAAAAGCCAAAGAACAGACCCCCUCCCAUUGAGCGUUCAACAAACCACACCAAUGACACCUUUAGAAAUGACACAUCAAGUGUUAAACUAGCUCAAAUGUGAUAAAACAAGUGUGAAAUGCUUUAAACAUGAUGUUAAAGCCUACUCAAAAAUGAUCUUUAGAACCAAUGCUGAGAACUUCACAAUAGUUGUAAGAUGUUCUUCAGGUAUCCACCAUAUUUUUGUUCAUGCCACACUAUCCAUCACUUCCUCUGUCCUCUGCUUUCUACACUCACUCUUGCCUUGUCUUUCGACCCCAUAACCUGAUUUUCCAUUCCAAUCGCUUUACCUGUUCCUUGCCCUCCCCUUUCCUUCUCUCUUUCUCUCUCCCUUACUCUUUCUCUGCCCAUCUUUGGGCUUAUCCUUUCAUCCCUGAUCUCCUUCAUCCCCUCCAAUCCUCAUCUGUUCCACUCUCGCAGAAGGGGAAGAGAAAGAGAGAGUUUUUCCACAGCUUGUAACCCCGAUCAACUGCAGCUAUGGGUGAAAUGGAACAGAUGAAAAAGGAGGCAGAAGGCCUGAAGACACAGAUUGAGGCAGCUCGCAAAGCAGUCAAUGACACAGACAUGGCCUCGGCCGCUUCUGGGGUGGCCCCGGCCCCUCGGGUCCAACUCAAGACCAGGAAGACCCUCAAAGGCCACCUGGCCAAAAUUUACGCCAUGCAUUGGAAUACAGACAACAGGCUAAUGGUCAGUGCAUCACAGGAUGGCAAACUUCUUAUCUGGGAUUCUCACUCUGGAAAUAAGGUCAAUGCUGUUCCCCUCAAAUCCUCAUGGGUGAUGACCUGUGCAUAUGCUCCUUCUGGAAACCUUGUGGCCAGCGGUGGUCUUGAUAACAUGUGUACUGUCUACAACCUGAAGACACCCGUAAUCAAGACUGUGAAAGAAUUGGAUGCUCACACAGGUUACUUGUCCUGUGCACGCUUCCUCAGUGACACAGAUAUUCUCACCGCCUCUGGUGAUACCACAUGUGCACUGUGGGAUUUGGAGACUGGAAAGCAGAAGACAGUUUUCCUGAACCAUAUUGGUGACUGCAUGUGUCUGUCUCUGUCCCCGGACAACAACUGCUUCGUUUCUGGUGCUUGCGACUCUCUGGCCAAGCUGUGGGACAUCAGGGAUGGCCAGUGCAAGCAAACCUUCCAGGGUCACACGAGUGACAUCAACGCCAUUUCAUUCUUCCCCAGUGGCAAUGCAUUUAUCACGGGCUCGGAUGACUGCACGUGCAAGAUGUACGAUAUUCGCGCUGAUCAAGAAGUGAUUGGCUACCAGGAUGCCGCCCUGAACAGCGGCGUUACAUCACUGGCUCUGUCCAUGUCUGGCCGUCUCAUCUUUGCUGGCUACGAUGACUUCAACUGCAAUAUUUGGGACUCGCUAAAGGGCGAGAAAGUGGGUGUGUUGUCUGGCCAUGACAACAGGGUGAGCUGCACCGGAGUACCGCCAGAUGGCAUGUGCGUUUGCACUGGCUCAUGGGACAGCUUCUUGAAGAUUUGGAACUGAGCUGGACCCUGAGAACCAGGAUGAGAAGAGAAUGAGAAAGAGAGAGGAUGAGAAAUUGAGAAUGAAAAAUUCUAAGCAACAGAAAAAUCUCACACACACAAACACAAAAAAAGUCCAUCUGUAUGUGUGGGAUUUCUGGAAGACUGGGUUUUAUUAGAAUAUUUAAAUGGAAUAUUUAAUUGUAAAAAUAAGUUACAACAAACACAGGAAGUUGUUAUCAUAACAUGACAAUCUCAUGACGGCAAUAAUUUGGCUUGAAAUUAUAGUAUUUUUGAAAGCUUAAAAAUGAGGAAAAUGAAUAAUCAUUUAAGAAUUUAAAAUAUAGUAUUACAUAUUUUUUGUCUGUUAAAUACUCUCCUCAUUAGAUGAAAGUUUGCAUAACUAUUUUUAUGUAUUAGAAAUAAUGAUAGAAUGCAGAAGAAACUGUACAGUGACUUUUCCCAACAACCACAUGGACUGUCUGAGAUCUGAUAUAUGGCUCUUCGAUGCUGAUGGCGACUUUAACCUGGCAUACAGUUGGAUUUUAAUUUCUAACAAACAUCCUGAAGUCCUCUAAAUGACACAUUAUGCUAAAAGAUAAAAUGUCUGUAUUUACUUCUUUCAUCUUUUUGUAGGACUUUUACAUACAAGACAGUUCCUUUUAAAUGUUGCAGUGGUUACUCGAAUACCUUUCUAAUAAACAUAGUAUUCUGCAUUAAACGAUA